CUCCACCUUCUCGUUAUUUCUUCUGACUCCUUUUCUUUUAUCAAAAAAUACAGAAGGACCCCAACUAUUACUAUUUCGGAACUAUUUCUAGGGUUUACGAAUUUGUCUCGCUGAUCUGUUCACGUUGGAAGAAAAGCUAUCAAAAUUCCUCGUUUAAUUUCUCCUUUCCGGUUUGUUGACUUGUGAAAAUAGUUCAACAUUUUCCAGGAUUGGUUUCGUUUAGUCAGUUGUGAAGAAAAUUGAUAAAGAUGAAAGGAGCUUGGACCACUAGGAGCUUUGCAACCAUACAUAGGGGUGAGAGGAAGAAAUCAGGGAGAAGUGGUUGUUAUUUGAUAUAUGUAUCCCUUGCAAGGAGGUCUUCUGUACCUCUGCAUUAUUAUUUCAUAGAGAGGGGAUGGGGAGAUCGAACUUUAUUUCAAUUUUAGUAUACACCGUGGAGCAUCUUGGAGCUUAUAAGCAAUGGAGCUUGUGGAGCACCACUCAAAUCGAGGAUUGCUCUCUUGAUUAAAGAUUCUAAAUAAUUUCUCUGGUAGAAUAAUAUGAGAUCUUCUCGCUCGAUCUACGUGGGUAACCUCCCUUUGGAUAUAAAAGAAUCAGAAAUUGAGGAUCUAUUUUACAAGUAUGGUCGUAUAGUGGAUAUUGAGCUGAAGAUCCCACCACGCCCUCCUGGUUACUGUUUUGUGGAGUUUGAGGAUUCACGGGAUGCCGAAGAUGCAAUCAGGGGCCGUGAUGGCUAUAACUUUGAUGGUUGCCACUUAAGGGUUGAGCUUGCCCAUGGGGGUAGAGGGCAAUCAUCUUCAUUUGAUCGUCGCGGUGGUUAUGGUAGUGGUGGUGGUGCUCGGGGUGGUGGUGCUGCUGCUGCUGCUUCAUGUCGCUCUGAAUAUCGAGGCGCAUUUAAUGGAAAGAUUGUUAAUGAGUUUUUUUGUUUGAUUGUUACCUACUCUAGCUGCAUGUCUUUUUCUAAUCUAAUUAUGGUUUUGAGCCUCAUUGCAUGCCUAACUGUUCUCUCUCUCUUUCUCCUCUCUCUUAUAGUCGUGGUUUGUGGACUACCUGCUUCUGCUUCGUGGCAAGAUCUAAAGGAUCACAUGCGCAAAGCUGGUGAUGUCUGCUUCGCACAAGUUUUUCGUAAGGGAGAUGGUACCAUGGGUCUUGUAGAUUAUACGAAUUACGAUGACAUGAAAUAUGCUAUUCGUAAACUUGACGACACAGAGUUCAAAAAUCCCUUUUCAAAAGCUUAUAUUCGUGUGAAGGCAUAUGAAACCAGUCCAUCUAGAGGCCGUAGCUCAAGCCGCAGUCGCAGUCGUAGCCGCAGCGGAGCAACUCAUUGGAACAAGAAGGACGUGUGCCUAGAUCUCCGUCAAGAUCUAGGUCUGUAACUCCUGUCAAGUCGAAGCCAAGGUCAAAAUCAAGAUCGAAAUCAAGGUCAGCUUCACCAGACAAGGUGCGCGCUGUUAGUCCCUGAUUUGUUCGCAGUUUUGCGGUUCAAAGGAACUAUUACUCUUUGAUAUCUUUUUGUUUUUAUAUACUUUUGCAAAAGCCUCAGCAGAUGUAUGUUGUUGCCUUUUCUUCCCCUCCAGUAUCGUGUACAAUAGUUUUAAUCCUACUUGGUUCUCGACAUUAAAGAUGAGCUCGGAUUGUUAGACUGAAUAUUGUUGAUUUCGUAUUGUAUAUUGUUGAUUUCGUAUUGUUGAUACUUACUAAUGCGCUUAACAUCACCAA